AUGUUGCGCCUCAUAACGGCCAUUGUGGCCCUCCUCAUAGCAGGAGCGGCUUACUUUGUGAGAUUACUCUACCAGAAACGAAAAGAGCUGGAAGGAUUGCCUCACCCGCCCAUGGAGAGCAUCUUCUGGGGUCAUCUCCCCAUUGCAGGCGAGUGCAGGACAUUGUUUCCUCCAAUGGUCCACGUGCAGAGUUGGGCGAACUACAUCAGGAAGAAGUACGACUUGGGAGACGUUUUCUACGUAGACUGGUGGCCACUAGGCCCACGAUGGCUCUUCGUGGCCGACCCAGAACUCACAUCCAAGUACAUCACGACCGGCCAGUCAUUGCGCAAGUCACACCUGACGACAAACUAUCUCAGACGUCUGCUCGGAAAGUUAAACAUGGUGACCAUGGAAGGUCAGCAAUGGAAGUUUCUCCGGUCCAUUUACAACCCAGGCUUCUCGGCAAGCCACCUGGUCACGCUGGUGCCUUACAUCGUCGACUCGACGGUGGUGUUUCUCGACAUCCUACGGGAAAAGGCGCGGACCAACGAGUUGAUCAAGCUGGACUUCUACUCUACACGCUACACCAUCGACAUCAUUGGUAAGAUCGUCAUGGAGACCGAUUUCGACUCUCAAACGCGCGACCACCCCAUCGUCACCACCUUUCGCAAACAAGUCGAAAUGAUGCCCGUCGUCACAAGUGGCAUCCCCCUUCUGGAUUUCCGGCCCAUCAAUGAAAUCAGGUUGUGGCGAAACGAACGGAAACUCGAUGCACUGAUCGGCGCCGAAAUCGACAAACGCAUUGCCCUGCGAAACCAGGAGCGCCAGUCAGGACAAGCCAACGCGAGCGGAAAGAAGGACCGUAAACGCUCGAUCCUCGACCUCGCCAUCGAAGCGUACGAUAAGGAGACCUCCGCAGUCAACUCAACAUCAAAGAACAGCAGCACAAAUCACUUGAUGACAUCGUUCCGGACGACUGCCAUCGACAGCGUCAAGACAUUCAUCUUUGCCGGACAUGACACUACCUCCGCAACCAUCUCCUACACAAUGUACCUAUUGCACCUGCAUCCCGAAGUUCACGGCAAACUCAUCGCCGAACUGAACUCUGUUUUUGGCGCUGACACAAUGUCGACAUCAACGUCCCUCGCGGACGCCAUCAAGCGCGAUCCCCACGCGCUCAAUAAGCUGGAGUACAUGACCGCCGUGAUCAAAGAGGUAUUACGUCUCUUCCCGCCCGCCUCAACCCUCCGCGAAUGGAGCGCUGCGACAGGCAAAGAAGACGCCAUGUUCGAUCCAAAAACAGGCCAGACAUACCCAUUGAAAGGCUGGGAUCUGUGGCCCGUCGCGACCAUGAUUCACCGCAACGACGACUUCUUCCCGGAUCCUGUGAAGUUCGUGCCGGAGCGGUUCUUGCCUACGCAGACACCAUAUCCAGACGCGAAGUUACAUACGCCGGCUGGCAAGGACGCGUGGAGACCAUUUGAGAAGGGGCCCAGGAAUUGUAUCGGGCAGGAAUUGGCUAUGUUGGAGACAAAGAUCGCUUUUAGCCUCGUGUUGCCGGAGCUGGAUUUCACGGCAGAGUAUGAUGGCAAACAGAUCAAUGAGGGUGAUUGGGUGCCUGUGGAGACGAGAGAUGAAUAUAAAGAUGGACGGCCGGGGGUGGAGAGGAUGACUAUCGAGGGACAUAAACCGUAUCAGGUUCUUCUUGGGGCGGCGAGGCCAAGGGAUGGUAUGACGGGACGGUUGAGUUUGAGGAGGUAG